AUGAGUCCAGUUUCUAAAAGUGUCUCAGUAUCACCCCCCGCCCCCGACGCCCCUGUCACUCCUGUCGCUCCUGUCGCUCCUGCUGCUCCCCGCCUCAGGUCCCUGGGAGCGGCAGGAGCGGCAGGAGCGGCAGGAGCGGCGCCGGCUCCAGCUGAGGCCCAGUGGUUCAGCGACGCCUUCAAACCUGAAGGUCGCCGAGUUUUCAAAAAGGCCAGUCCCAAUGGAAAGCUGACAGUGUACCUGGGGAAGCGGGACUUCGUGGACCAGGUGGACGAGGUGGAACCCGUCGACGGAGUCGUUCUGAUCGACCCGGAAUAUCUGAAAGAAAGAAAAGUCUUCGUGUCUCUGACCUGUGCGUUCCGUUACGGUCGAGAGGAUCUGGACGUUCUGGGCUUGACGUUCCGUAAAGAUCUGUUCGUGGCCAGCGUCCAGGAGAACCCGCAGAACCGCGAGGAACGCCGCCCUCUGACCAGACUCCAGGAGAGACUCAUUAAGAAGCUCGGAGAACACGCACACCCCUUCACCUUCCAGAUCCCUCUGAACCUGCCCUGCUCCGUCACUCUGCAGCCGGGACCUGAGGACACAGGGAAGGCCUGUGGUGUGGACUUUGAGGUGAAGGCGUUUUGUGCAGAAAAUCCAGAGGAAAAGAUCCACAAACGGAACUCAGUCCGCCUGGUGAUCCGUAAAGUCCAGUACGCUCCGGAGAAACCAGGACCUCAGCCCUCGGCCGAGACCACGCGCCUGUUCCUCAUGUCGGACAAACCGCUGCACCUGGAGGCCUCGCUGGACAAGCAGGUUUAUUAUCACGGAGAACCCAUCAGUGUGAACGUCCACGUGACCAACAACACCAACAAGACCGUGAGGAGGAUGAAGAUCUCAGUGCGACAGUUUGCAGACAUCUGUUUGUUCAACACGGCUCAGUACAAGUGUCCUGUGGCCUCAGAGGAAACUGAUGACUCGGUGGCCCCGAGCUCGACUCUGUGUAAAGUUUUUACUUUGACGCCGUUUUUGGCGAAUAACCGCGAGAAACGAGGCCUCGCCCUCGACGGAAAACUCCGGCACGAAGACACCAACCUGGCCUCAAGUACUCUAUUGCGAGACGGAGCCAACAAAGAGAUUCUGGGAAUCAUCGUGUCGUACAGAGUCAAAGUGAAACUCAUCGUGUCCAGAGGAGGGUUGCUGGGAGAUUUGGCCGCCAGUGAUGUUUCGGUGGAGUUGCCGUUCACCCUGAUGCACCCGAAACCCCCCGACGACCCGCCCCGAGACGUCUCAGACGAAGCUCCAGUCGACACAAACCUGAUCCAGUUUGACACACAUGAUGAUGACAUCGUGUUUGAAGAUUUCGCUCGGGAGCGUCUGAUUGGUGCAAAAGACGAGGAGGAGGAGCCUGUGGACUCGCCCAAAGCGGAGGAGAGAUAG